AUGCCAUUGAAGGUCGACCUUCUCAACCCCUCUCUCGACUCUCAGAGACGAUGCCACAAGAAGAAGCGGUUAGUGCAGAGCCCCAACUCCUACUUCAUGGAUGUUAAAUGCCCAGGCUGCUACAAGAUCAAGACCGUCUUCUCCCACGCUCAGGUCCCCUCCGUGUGCACCGGCUGCCACAUGGUCCUCUGCCGACCAACUGGUGGUAAAGCUCGACUUACCCAGGGCUGCCAAUUCCGAAAGAAGUAA